AAAACGUGAUCUCGUUUAGACGAGUUCAAAGCACAUGUUUAUGUUGUGAUUAUUCUAGAAUAUUGUUUCUAUUUGAAUUUCAAAAAUGUCACAGUUUUCUGUAAUCACACAAAGUAUUGUAACUAUAAAUGUUACAAGUUCAGCUAAUUCUUUUGGAACAGAACGAAGGUUUCAAAAAGAUUUAUCAGUUGCAGAUUUGAAGAACAAAUUAGAGCUCCUGACUGGUUCCCAAGCAGCCAACAUGAAGUUAGAGCUGUACAGUAAAGACAACAAGCUUCUGAGUAAAAUAGACAAUGAUGAAGUUAUGUUUGGUUCCUAUCCUGUGGAUGAUGGUUGUCGUCUUCAUGUGGUAGAUUCAACAAUUAAAUUGGGAGAAUUUGAGGACUUAUCUAAAGUGGAGAAAUUUGAAAUGAAAGAGGAUGAUUAUGCUAAAAGAACAGAUUCUGUUAGAGCAUUUAAAGAGAGAAAUAAAAUGGGUCGGUUUGCUGAGAUGGAUCCUGAAGAACAGAAAAGGAAGGAAGAGGAAAAGAAAGAAAAAGAAUUACAACAAAAAACUAAAGCUGAAACCAUGAAAGUUGGUGACAGAUGUGAGGUUAAAGUUGUUGGUCAGCCUGCAAAAAGGGGCACAGUAAAAUAUGUAGGUUUAACAGAAUUCCAGACAGGUUAUUGGAUAGGUGUUCAAUUUGACGAACCAUUAGGCAAAAACGAUGGAAGUGUUAAAGGUAAAAAAUAUUUUGAAUGUCCAGACAAAUAUGGUGCAUUCAUUAGACCAGAAAAUGUAGAAGUUGGUGACUAUCCUGAAGAAGAUUUAGGAUUCAGUGAUGAAGAUGAAAUAUAAAUGUCGUAUAUAAAACAAUUAUUCAAUGAUCUGUAGUUUUUAACAUUAUUUAUAGCAGUAUGCAAUCUUAAGUUAUGCACAUGCCAAGACAUUAAUAGAUUACUAUUGUCAAACCAGUACAAAACCGGUGUGUAAGUUCCACUUGAUUUUGUUACUAUUUUGAAUUUCAAAUGUAGUUUGUUUUUUUGUAGCAGCAUGUGAAAUCCAACUACAAUAGGUAUGCUUCUGUAUUACAUGAAACAUGUACUGAUUUAAUCAGAUUUAGGUCACAUGCACAGUGAAACAGAGUUUAUCUUAAAAACAUAAUUAGAAUACCAGUUUAUUUUAAAAGAUAAUCUUUUUUUUUACUGAAAUGUUCACAUAAUAAACAUAGUUCAUGAUUAGAAAAUAAAAAUCCUUGCACAUAAUUUCUAGAAAUCACAAAUUUAAAUGCACCUUUACAUAUUCUAUACAUUUAUAAAUCUUUUUCAUUAAUUUAUUGUCAAUUGUAUAUCUGGAAGUAUAAAUGAUAUGUAUAUCUGUUUUUGGUUGAUUUUCAAAUGGAGGUUUACAAUCAAUUUCUAAAUGCAUACAAUUUUCAUAAAAAAAAAGUUAAAUUUAACAUAAUCAAUUAAUUCAUGAAAUCAUAACCUUCAACUUGAAGUGUUCACUCUGUUUAUAUUCUGUUCCUCAGUUGGUUAUACAAUCUUGAUAAAGACAUUUAGAAAUUAAAAUUCCAUCAAUGUUUAGUCGUUCAACAGCUUCCUGAAAUAUUUUAUGGACUUUAUUAUUUUGAAAUUAGAUUAUAGAACUGUAAAUAGAAAUUAGGAUAUACAAUUUGAUUUAAGUUCAACAUUGAUCAAAUUGAUUGCAUCUGAAUGUGUAAAUUAGAUAAGUUUUAAAAGUUAAUGAUGUUUCCAUUUGUUAUAAUUGUUUUACAUAUUUCUGUUAUUCAAUUUGCAGUACAUAUUAUCAUUUGAAUGCAUUGGAAAAUCUCUUGACAAUUCAUAUAUCUUUUUAUAUUUCUUGCUGACAAAAUAUUUGAUUAGAUUACAAUUGGAUUGGGAACAUUAAGAUAGAAUUUCAUCGCUUGAUAUUAUUUUUUUUUAAUAUGUGAGAAUUUUUUACUAUAACAUGACAUUUAUAGUAAGUUAUACCUAGGUACAGAGACAAUGUGGUGUGAAAAGUAAAAAAAAAUAUUUUGAAAGAAACCCACAUGUUCCUAUAAGUGGUGGGAAAUUUUGUUUGGUUCUAUAUUUGUCCUGAAAUUAUUGUUAUUGUUCAAUUUAAGUAUCAUAACUGAAAAAUUGACAGAAUUACAUCAUUGAUUUCUUGUUGCUCAUUUUCAUAACAAACAUUUCCCAUUAUGCUAGCUUUUGAGUAUCUAAAACCUUCAUUGUUGUUUAACCUAGGUUGAAAUAAAUAGGCUGAUGUUUUUGAAAAAAAGAACAAAGUCAACUAGAACUUGAAUGUUCCUGUGCAAAUAAUAACAUCAACUUGUAGGUUAUGAACAUAGCAGAUAUGAACAGUGCUAACAUUGUACAACUCACAUUUUAAAAGUUCCUGAAUGAUUUAUGUAUGCAAGUAAAUAUGUUUUGUGCAUUAAAUGUUAAGAACUACAUAGUAAUACAGUUUGGUUGAGGAAACAUGUGCUUUUUUUGUGUUUAUGUAAUUUAUUUUUUCUAACAUAUGGUGUUCAGUAAAAUUGUCAUUAUGCAAAGCUUACUGCAUGCCAAAAUGAUUCUUCCUAAUAUCAGUAUCUUGUGUAUUUAAUAAAUAAUGUUUCACACAA